UCCGUCUCUCUUUCCACCCACAGUGAUCAUCUGGAUUUCCAUCACUUCUGCUGGCUGACUUGGAGCAGCAGGUUAAAUAAGAUCACUGGGGAUUGCUGGUAAUAAUAUUGACACUUGCAGAGGGGAGUUUUUGCCAUCAUCAUCAUCUGGGUGAUAUUUGUUAUGUUUGGUACUACAACUGCAGUCCUUUAGUAUCAUGUAUCCUGCCUUGGCUUCGGAUGCUCUACAGAUCCACCCUUCCUUGUAACCAUCAAGUGCAAUGGUUUCUACUUCGGGGAUGGUACAUGUCUCACUGCUCCAAGAUUAGUUUUUUUUGGCCUCUCUUGGGAUUUCUUUAGCUUACUUUCAUUUGGCUGCAUGCUGGAAAAGAGAAAAUUGCACACUUUGGUGUUGGUGUAGUAAUGCUCAUUAAUCUUAUCCUGAUCUGAGAAGAUACAACACAGCUCUCUUAACUGAGGAGUCUAGGAAGACAUAACGCUUGCACGGAAACUAGACUAGGAAAAUCAUCGUUUUCUAUGGUUAAAUUGGUACCCUUGUUCUGGAGAACUGAUCACAAUCUCUUAUUAUGCAACAACAAGGAUUUCUUCGUUCUCAGGGUGUCUAAACUGCUGGAUUGCUUUUCGCCCAAAUCAAUGUGGUUUCUUUGGAACAUUUUCAGCAAAGGAACGCAUAUGCUGCAGUGUCUUUGUGGCAAGAGUCUUAAGAAAAACAAGAACCCAAGUGAUCCCCAGCUCAAGGGCAUAGUGACCAGGUUAUAUUGCCGGCAAGGAUACUACUUGCAAAUGCACCCAGAUGGAACACUUGAUGGAACCAAGGAUGACAGCAGCAACUCUACAUUAUUCAACCUCAUACCAGUGGGUCUUCGUGUUGUUGCAAUCCAAGGCGUAAAAACAGGUUUAUAUAUUGCAAUGAACGGAGAGGGUUACCUGUACACAUCAGAACUUUUUACUCUGGAAUGCAAAUUUAAAGAGUCAGUUUUUGAGAACUAUUAUGUCAUCUACUCAUCUAUGAUAUACAGACAACAAGAAUCUGGUAGGGCCUGGUUCUUAGGGCUUAACAAAGAAGGCCAAGUUAUGAAAGGUAACAGAGUCAAGAAAACAAAACCAGCAGCUCAUUUUCUACCCAAGCCAUUGGAAGUUGCCAUGUACAGAGAACCAUCCUUGCAUGAUGUUGGAGAGACAGUGCCAAAGGCCCGUGCGACGCCAAGCAAAAGCACAAGUGCAUCUGCAAUAAUGAAUGGGGGCAAACCAGUUGCUAAGAGUAAGACAUCAUAGCCAGACUUCCCCCAAGGUUGUUGUGACUUGCUGAGCCCUUGGCACACUUGAGCCUUAUCCACACCAGACUGUCCACACUCCAGUGUUUGUAGGCAAAGAGUGAACUACUGGCUCUUUGCAGUUUCAGAACCAACGUGUUGAAGAUGGAUAAAACUCAGUGUGUAUCCCCUCUCUCCACAAGAAGACACCUGGGGAACCAGCUAAACUCAGACCAUGGAAUGCCCUACCAGAUAUGGAAUGCCUUUUUAAUAUCUUAUCUGUGACUGUGACACUUCAUGUGAAUGACAUACUUCACAAGUACACUUGAUACCUUGCCUGCUGCCAAUUAUCCUUACCCCCUUUUGAGCCCAAUUACAGCGAAAUCCAUAUGUUUAAGUUCUAUUUUGUAGCACACAAAUAUAAAGUAAUUUCUAGUUAGACGCUGUAAAACUGCGCUAUAAUGGAUUUCUCUAACCUUUUUUACAAGGCUGCUUGCAACAAAGUCUGUGACCUUUUGCAGGGAUUGCGUUCCUCUAGAACUUGAAUGUUUCAGAUGGCUUAGUUCUGAAAGCAAUCAGGGAAUCAGGAAGCCUUCAAAAAAACAUGUCUAUAAAAAGUAGUAGGAUAUAUAUACUGGUCAAGUGUGUCAACAGGAUUUGUGCUCUGCAGGUUGGCGUUAAAUACUAGAGGGAAAUAUGUCAAACACAAGUAGUGGGAAGUAGGCUGUGACUAGUGUUUGACACUCCCUAUACUUUCCUUUUUGUGUGUGUUUUAUACAUAUCACAGGCUUGCUGGCGAUGGUAACAUUUGCCUUAGCCAGUAAGCAAGACCCACUUGUUUUUUAAGAUGGUGGGUCCAUAGAACUCUGUAGGCCUUGUAGGCCUGAAUUAAGGCUCAUUUUUCAUCUAUGAUUCCUCAUGAUAAAGCAGAUAUAUAUCAAUAUGAUUAGCAAAUGUUCCGCUACCUACAAUAAUUCUCUUUUGAAAAAUGUAGUCCUUCCUGUUUUUAAUAAACUCUGAUGAAAUUGCACCUGUAGCCCACUCACAGAGAAGGCAGAUAUUUCAUGGGCUAAGCCAGUACUUGAGAACUGAGCCUAUUAAUUCACUAGGCGCCUCUGCUGCAAGUUGCUAGUGACUUUUUAGGCUAACUGAUGGUUCAGCUCACCAAAUGACUGUCUCAUGUUUAAGGUCAUUCCCAUCACUGGCAGUUCCUGCAGUUUUGUUUAGCUUGGCAUGGGCACGUUGUUUGUUGUGUCCCCUUUUUGCAACAGCAAUGCAAGUUCUGCGCUAACUUAAUCUAAUUUGAUAUUCCUGUUUGAUAAGACUGGACCAGUAAAUGAAAUAUUUUAGGUAAGCAUGCAAAGUCCAGUGAUAUUAAUUUCCAUACCAAAUCUUACAUAUUCCUAAUACUUUCAGGAACCAGAAUUUACAUGAUAAAGGUGCCUUGCUUAGGUUGUGGCAUAUUUUACACAAAACGACUUCAUGUGGAACCAGGACUUUCAAGCGAACCAGAAGUCAUAAGGUGCCUACUCUAUGUCUGUCAUGUGAAGUGUUUUUCACAAUGGCAAUUGGUUCCUCACAUACAACUAUGACUACACCUUGUAGGUUGUCUUCCCUGUCUGAGAUAUCAGUGAGGUCAUUCUGAAGCAUAUGAAUUUUGAAAGUUUUCAGACCCUUUCACUUUUUUCACAUUAUGUUAUGUUGUGGCCUUGUGCUAUAUUAAAGAAACUUUCAAGUUUUCCCCAUCAUUCUCCACUCAAUACCCGAUAAUGAGAAAGUGAAAAUAUUUGCAAAUUUAUUGGAAAGGAAUAACUAAAAUCUUGCAUUGACAUAAGUAUUCAGAUCAUUUAUUCAGUACUUAGCUAAAGAACCUUUGGCAGCGUUUACAGCCUACAGUUUUCUUGGGUAUGAUGCCACAAGGUUUUCAUAUCUGGAUUUGGGGAUUUUCUGCUGUUCUUCUCUGCAGAUUUUCUCAGGAUCUGACAUGUUGGAUGAGGACUGUUAGUGGGCAGCCAUUUUCAGGUCUUUCCAGAGAUGUUCAGUUGGGUUCAGGUCAGGGCUCUGUCUGGAUGGCUUAAGGACAUUUUCAAAGUUGUCCCUAAGACAAGAAUAUGUACUUUGCUCCAUUCAGCUUUCCCUCAACCCCUUAAGGUUCAAAAUCAAAAUAACUAGUCUGUGGGCAAAUUCACACUAAGUACUGCAACACUCUAUUGGGAGAGGUCA